AUGCGUGCCUGGUUCCGGCUGGACGACGACAUCCCGGGUGUGGUACGGUACCGGACCUACGAGGUGCUCAAGGCUGAGGCCAACAACCCCCGCCUGCGCUGGGCCUACCUGCCCUACUCCAUGCACAUGGCGGGGCCCAGGGAGGCCAUCCAGCACAUGAUCAUCCGCAAGAACUACGGCUGCACCCACUUCAUCAUCGGCCGCGACAUGGCGGGCUGCAAGUCCACCUUGUCCGGGGAGGACUUCUACGGCGCCUAUGACGCCCAGAACCUGGCCAAGGACAACGCCGCGGAGCUGGGCAUGGACACGGUGCCGUCACUCAACAUCGCAUACACACAGGAGAAGGGCUACGUCACUGCGGACGUGGCCAAGGCCGAGGGCCUCACCACCCUCAGCCUCUCGGGCACCAAGUUCCGCCAGAUGCUGCGUGGCGGCGACGACAUCCCUGAGUGGUUUGCGUUCAAGAGCGUCGUCCAGGUGCUGCGUGAGUCGGUGCAGACGGAGGCCUAA